CAACAUGUGAUCACCCUGACGUGAAUUGCAGCCCAGAAGAAGACUGCAUUCCUCCAAGCAUGGAAAAACGGACCCAUGCUAAAUGCGUGUGCAAGGACGGGUACCUUCGCAGAGAGACACACGUUUGUGCCCCCACAUGCAAAAUUCUGGCCGAUCCGUGGAGUCCAAAGCCGUGUGGUGACUUGGAAGAAUGCUUUGAAGACCUCCCAAACGGGAUCGCUGGAAGCUGCGAGUGUGUGGCUGGAUACUAUCGCCGGAACGGGGAGUGUGUUG